AAAAGAAAAACGUAUAGAUAGAUAUUUAUAUAGGAUUUAUUAACACAAUCUUCUUCUUCUUUCUUCUUCCUGUAAAAAAACACAAUCUUCUUCUUCUGGUUCGAUUUUGGAACAACUCAGAAGCAGAACUCGACGCAACUCUCUUCGCCAUGUGUAGUCUCAUUUCAAAGUCACACUGUCACUUAGGAUUGGGGAAACUCUCUUUGCCACCUCUUCAAACAAGUAAGUCAGAAUAUGGAAUUGUGAGAGUGAAAAUGAGUGGGAGAUUGAAGGUGGUGUGUAAGGGUAUGUUGACACCGAGAAAAUUUAUGCAGAGGAAAAAGCAAACGGUGGUUUUCAAGGAUGAUGCCGAUGAAGCUAAGAAGAAAAAUUGGUGGAGAUUAAUGAAAUUAAUAGAGGAGUCUGGCUCUGCUGUUUCUGUGCUCUCUUCUGAGAAGAUGAAGAACCAAACUAUUCCUAAAGACCUUGUUGUUGGUACUUUGAUUAGGUUUAAACAACUCAAGAAGUGGAAUGUUGUUGCUGAGAUUCUUGAAUGGCUUAGAGCACAAAACUGGUGGGAUUUUAGUAAGAUGGAUUUCAUCAUGCUCAUUACGGCUUAUGGAAAGGUUGGAGACUUCAAUGGUGCCGAGAGGGUGUUGGGCUUGAUGAAUAAGAGUGGUCAUGCACCAAAUGUAGUGUCUCAAACGGCACUUAUGGAAGCAUAUGGAAAAGGAGGCAGAUACAACAAUGCUGAAUCGAUUUUUCGUAGGAUGCAAACAUUUGGCCCCGAGCCUUCUGCAUUCACAUAUCAGAUUAUACUUAAAACAUUUGUUGAGGGGAACAAGUUUAAGGAAGCGGAAGAAGUAUUUGACAAGCUAUUGAAUGAUGAAAAUUCACCUUUGAAACCAGAUCAGAAGAUGUUUAAUAUGAUGAUUUAUAUGUAUAAGAAGGCUGGAAGUCAUGAAAAGGCCCGUGACACAUUCACACUGAUGGCUGAACGGGGAAUUGAACGAUCCACUGUAACAUAUAAUAGCUUGAUGUCAUUUGAAACAAAUUACAAGGAAGUUUCAAACAUAUAUGAUCAGAUGCAAAGAGCUGAUCUCAAACCCGACGUGGUUAGCUAUGCCUUACUCAUCAAUGCUUAUGGGAAAGCCAGGAGGGAGGACGAAGCAUUAGCAGUAUUUGAGGAAAUGCUUGACGCAGGUGUCAGACCAACUCGAAAAGCUUACAAUAUUUUACUUGAUGCAUUUUCCAUAUCGGGAAUGGUAGAGCAAGCUCGGACUGUGUUUAAGACCAUGAGAAGGGAUAAGUACAUGCCAGAUCUUUGCUCAUAUACCACCAUGUUAUUAGCAUACGUCAAUGCUUCUGACAUGGAUGGUGCCGAGAAGUUCUUCAGAAGAUUGAUACAAGACGGCUUUGAGCCUAAUGUUGUCACCUAUGGAACCAUACUUAAAGGGUAUGCUAAGGAAAAUGAUAUUGAGAAGGUAAUGGAAAAGUACGAGGAAAUGCUUGCGCGAGGUGUCAAGGCCAAUCAAACAAUUUUGACGACGAUAAUGGAUGCAUAUGGAAAAAAUGGAGAGUUUGACAGUGCUGUUCAUUGGUUUAAAGAAAUGGAGUUGAGUGGACUUGUUCCUGAUCAGAAAGCUAAAAAUAUCCUUCUUUCUUUAGCAAAAACAGAAGAAGAUAAAAUAGAGGCUAAUGAGCUGCUACUACAUUCCAUUGAAGUUAACAAACUACCUAAAGCUAACGACCUUGAUGAAGAGGACGAUGACGACGACGACGAUGAGGACGACGACGACGACGAAGAAGAUAACUAAACGACCAGGUUGCGAUGGCUAAUGAACAACCAGAGGAGUCGAGUUAGACCAUGUCAAGUACUUCAAGAUGUAGACACUAUAAAUUUUGUACACUAUCAAAUUUAGGGACUUUGUAUUUUUAUUGAGAUUGGAAGUAUCUAUUCAUUUUAAAUUGUCAUUAUAAGACAAGAGAAUGCUAGAGGAUUUUAGCCAUCAAGAGUUAAGUUGGGAUAUUGAAAAAAGUAUUUUUGUCCCAUCAUCCA